AUGGAAGAUAUUGUUGCUUUAUUUGAGUCUCGAAUGAGUGUUUUUGAAAAGUCUCUUGUCCAAAGUCAGACUACUACUAAAAACACAAGCACUGGAAGUGACAUUUCUGCGCUAGCCGCUGAUUACACGGUCUUCAAGGACUUAAUGUGGAAAUCCUUAUCUAUGCUCCGUCAACAGCUCCAGUUGCUCACUGCUGGAUUUGAUAGGCAUGAAAUGCUGUCACGAAGAAAGGUCCUGCUCUUUCAUGGGCUUCCUGAAGAUUCUGAUGAGCAGACUGAGAGUAAAGUCCUUACUGAUUUGCAAUUAAAACACCAACUGAGCCAAAGGUCCCAUAUCUCAGGAUUACUUAAAAAGGCAAAAAAGAAACUGCCAACCAAGUUAGGGACGUUAAAUAUAGAAUUUAUAAUAAGCUGUCUCGUCUUGGAACAACAACACAUGAGCUCG